GUGAAAGUCGGCCGCACCACCGUGAUGGCCGCGGUGAAGCUCGAGGCGUGCCAGCCCGACCCGGACGCGCCGGAUCGCGGAUUCCUCGACGUCGUCGUCGAGUUCCCGCCGAUGUGCUCGGCGUCCACGCGGCCCGGACGGCCCAACGACGACGCGCACUUCGUCGCCAGGCGCAUCGAGGAUGCGCUCCUCGACUCCGCGGCCAUCGACAAGCGGAAGCUGACCAUCAAGGAGGGGCUCUGGGCGUGGAAAAUCUGCCUGGACGUCUACUGCCUCGACCACGACGGGAGCAUGCUCGACGCCGGGCUCAUGGCCGCCCUCGCGGCGCUGAGAGACGCCAAGGUUCCGCACGUCAUCGUGGACGACCGCGGCAAGAUCACCUACGGCGGACGGAAAACCGACACAGAGUCGUCAAACAACACAGCCGUCGAGGGGAAGAUCGAGGUGGCCGCCGCGCCGGUGGCGGUGACCACGGCGCUGUACAGGAAACACCUCAUCGUGGACCCUGACGCGGAGGAGGAGCAGUUGGCGGACGCCACGGUGACGGUGACGAUGGACGGCGCCACCGUCGUGGGCGUGCACAAGCCGGGCGGAACGGCUGAGGCGAGCGAGACGGAUCUGAUGCACUGCGUCGCCGCGUGCAGGUUAAACCUCGAGGCGAGGGCGAAGGCCAUAGACGCCGCGUUCGCUUGAGAUGCAGAAUGCUCGUAUU